AACAUUAAUAAUUUAUGGUUUAGAAGUGUUAAAUUAUUAGUAGUUAUGAAAGAAUCAAUUCAAAGCAAGUCCGAAUAAUAUUUCAACAAUGGCUUCAAGCCGAAGUAGUACUGUUUUAACCUCAACACGAGCAAGAUCUGCAUUAAAUACAGGACAGAAAAGUCAAAAAUAUGCAACAAAGACAACACCCCGGGCAUCAACUGCUUCGGAACGAAGCUCUCAGAAUAAGAAGCCUUCUAAUCGGUUGAAUCCAAAAACUGUUGACCCUUUUAACAAAAAAGGAUCAAAGUCAGUGUUUGCAUCUGCAUAUAGUAAAGAUGGGAUUCCAUGCCGUCUUGUUCAUGGUUCAGUGAAGCAUAAAAUUCAAUGGACAGUUCCACUUGAAGAUCUAAAUUAUGACCCCCUCCUUAUCACGUUCGCUGAGGGGUUAAGAGAAACAAUACAUCCAUAUGCUUUCGUUGCAAACGAAGGAUUUGUUCAAAUGUUGAUGGUUGAUGAUGCAGAAGAGAGAACACUACCCGUGCUCUCAAGAUUGAUAACUCCUAUAAAAAUGGCAUUGAUGUCUGCCGAUGGCGAGUGCUUUUUGUCGACAAUGAAUGCGCUUGUGGAGCUUAGCAAUGUUGUCACAUCCGCGUUAAAUCCUCACCUCAAGAACUUGUUACCUCAGAUUUCAAGACGAAUGAGUAGUAAACAGACAAAAGAAUGCAUCUUGGUUAGUUUGCAGAAAAUUGAAUGCAACGGUGGCUCGAACAAUGGUGUUUACGCUUACAAGGAUUUAACUUUCAUAUUCGUCACACCAAUGGAGCUUUCAACCCGGCAGACUAUUGUUCCAGACACACCGUUCCUGACAAUAAUACAAACUCUACUGGAACCUGCAAAGAAUACGUAAAUUUUACAACGCAUGCAGAACCGAUAGGCAUUACACCCUGAAGAGAUAAAAAUACACACGAAAAAUGGCCCGACCCUGCAAUGUUUGAAAGAAAUUAUUCGUUCUACUAAAUGGUAUUUAGUAAAUACGAUAUCCACCAAAUAUCGCAACUGUAACAUUAAAGAGCUUCAUCUUUAUAAAAAAAUACGCAACGAGUUCACUUGCAAUCCUUGAUACUUGGAGGAAAUCGGAUUGUAGCACCGACCAAAGGACGCUUAAACUAGCGAAACAUACCCGGAUAUAAACCAACAAGUCGAAACACUCUGCAAGAACUGUUCACUGUGUAUCCCAAAUUCAAAAAUGAACCCACCGCCACCACUAAAACCAUCUUCCCUAUCACCAUCGCCUUGGCACACAUAAAACAUAGACUUUCUGGGACAGUUACCAAAUCGCUCGCACUUACUGGUGGUUAUUGACCAACGUUCACGCUCUCCCAAAGUAGAGGUCGUUGGCUCAACAGCUGCUGUACCGACUUUGGGAGCUCUAAUUAAAAUUUUUGCAACGCAUGGACUUCCUCAUAAAAUCAUUUCUGAUAACGGUUGUCCAUUUAACAGCAACGAAUUCAAACGCCACAUGCAUGCUAAAGGAAUAGAUCAUCACAGAAUUACACGUCUACCUUUGAAAGCAAAUCCACCUGCCGAAAAUUUCAUGCGCAACCUUAGCAAAACUCUACGAAUUGCUACAAUAGAAAAUGGAAAAUCGCACUGUAUAAUUUCCUGUUAUAUCAUUGCAUAUCGACGCAUUCAACAACCGGAGUCAGUCCAGCUAAAGCGCUUUUUUAACGACAAGUUAGAGGAAAAUUGCCCAGUCUUAAUAACCAAUUGAAUAGGGAUGCCAUCAAGGAGGCACCACACCGAGAUACACAACAGAAACCUAAAAUGAAAACGUAUGUCGACGCCCGUUUUCAUGCUCUGCAACCAGUAAUAAACAAAGGCGAUUACGUGCUGGUAAACCGAAGCGCAACAAGCUUUCAAGCCCUUUUGAUCCAAAACCAUGCUUGAAUUCGUGUGAUAACACGAGUUUAAGGUACAAAAUUGACGGCAAGCCGACCAGGACAUACUAUCACACGCAAUGUUUAACAUUUUAAGUUCUUCUCCAAGCGUAAACGGAUCAACUUUCAUCAAGAGGGGGACGUGGUUUUCCUGCUUCUAAAUACAACAAUGGCGACGCAAGCACUUAUAAAUCCUUUUGACAGGGACGGUUUCCUAGUUCAGAAUAUA